AUCAAAGAAAAUGCAGUACUAUGUUGUACACAUGUAGAACAGUAGUACACAGUGUAUUUUCAGUUUUUACAGUAUUACUGUAUAACCCAGAACAGAGUUCCCUUUCCUGCCACCGAGCCCACAAUGUGGAUGACAAGGGUAAAAAUAGGAGUUAUAAUAAUUGUAAUAAUAAUAAUAAUAACCCUUAUUAAUAUUGCACAGAGUUUAAACAGAGUUUACAAAGUGCUUUGACAGCAAAGCAAGAAAAGUAAAUAUAAGAGAAAUAACAAUCAGCAGGAUGCAAUGUGACAAGGAGACCAGACAACCAGGUUUAGGUGGUUUGAAAGACGGUCGUGUUCAAACUAAAUGAAAAAAUAUAGAGAUAUGUCACAUGAAAACUUGAACACAUCAAAGCGGUGAUGUGACAAUAAAGACAAUGGCAAUAAUUAUUAUGAAAAAGGGGAAAAAAGACAAGUUGACUAAAGAUAUCUAAAACCUGCAAUAAGUUGCUCAACUUGAAUCAAGAUAAAAUUAUAUCUGUUCUAUACCAGUUCCCUUUUAAGUUGAAAUGUUGAAAAUGUUAAACAACACCAUAUCCAUCAAAACAUGAUGAAUUAUACAGUUUUAUCUACCGCUGGGUGGAGAUACAUGUUUUGGCCUGAAGGUGGAGAUCUGCCCCCUGAUCUGCACCAAAAUUAAAUGGGUUCUUCCUUGGGUCAUUUCCCUCCUCUCCAUAAAAAUCUUUUGAAAUUGGUCAAGUACUUUUUGUGUAAUCCUGCUAACAAUCAAACAAACAAACACUGAUGAAAACAUAACCUCCUUUGUGCAGGUAACAAACAAACUAAUAGUUCCUGACUUGGAAUAAUCAAAAACAUAAAGUGAACCUCCAAACUCUUUAUCAAUUGUCGUUGAUGAAUGAAUUACAUCAAAUACACUUGAUUCCCUGCUAUCACACGUGAGAGUCAGACUCUCAGCCCUCAUAAACUUAAGAAACGCCUCACUGAGCACCAUGUGUAGUUCUGAGAAAAACACCUGCAUCCACUGUGCACGAGUUCAGCGUGAACCAGCUGUAUGUUGUGACCUCUUUGAACUGUGCCUCAGAAUGAAUGGAUCCAAAGUCUGUCAGACUCAGUGCACGUGAAUUUUACCACUGUGUUCACACACCAGCACUGAACUCGCUUCUGGUAUCACUGUCCUUUUUUUGUCCUCACUUAGUAAUUGGCCCAAAAAAAGUAAAACUAAAAAGGCUGAACACAGCAGAGUGACCACAGUGCUUCAUGUAUUCUGUGGUCCAUUCAAGUCAAUUAUUACACACAGGGUACACAACCCCAGUCAGAGUCUGCUCACAUUUUUCGCUUUGCUGCCUGACUGCAGAAUUGGAGCAAACAUAUCAGACGUCCAGUGAAAUCCACAGGCUUUAAUCCCAUUUACAACCUAACAGGCAGUUCGGGCUCGAGGCCAGUGAACUGUUCAUGGCACGUCUUCUCUCCCUGUUGCGGCCUCAGCCGCUGCUGGCCCUCGUGGGUAGGAGGAAACCGACGCUGUGCAAAAUGUCAAUGGACUCAAGGGCACGCCAAGUGUUUGCAGCUGCAGUGGAGGCGGUCCAGCCAGACGCUGUGGUCCGGCAGAGUAUAGAGCGCAAAGAGGACUCCGUCAUCAUCAAUGGUAAAAAAUUCACACUCAAACACAACCUGCACUUGGUGGGAUUUGGAAAAGCCGUGCUGGGUAUGGCUGCGGAGGCAGAGAGGAUUGUGGGGGAUCAUUUGGUGAAAGGAGUCAUAAGUGUCCCUCAUGGGAUUCAGCAGACGUUACAGCAGCAUGGGAAAAACCAUCUGUUGUUAAAAGAAAACAGUUGCAUCAAAGUAAUGGAGGGAGCCAAGCACAACCUGCCAGACACUGAUGCCCAGAAAGCAGCAGAAAGAAUCAAGCAAUUAGCCAGUGAACUGACAGAGGAAGACCUGCUACUUGUACUGAUUUCAGGCGGAGGCUCUGCGCUAUUACCUGCACCCAUCCCACCAAUCGUGUUGCAAGAGAAACUGGAUGUUACCCGCAGACUUGCAGCAUCUGGUGCCACAAUUCAAGAGCUGAACACUGUGCGUCGAGCCCUUUCCUUCUUAAAGGGUGGAGGACUCGCACAUUAUGCUCACCCUGCACAGGUGAUCGCGCUGAUACUGUCAGAUGUGAUCGGAGAUCCUGUGGACUUGAUAGCCAGCGGUCCCACAGUCUGCAGUGAGGUGUGGCCUGAGGAGGUUUUGUCAGUCCUUGAACAGUACAAGCUGUUGAACUCUAUACCAGCAUCAGUAAAGGAGGUCCUUGGGAGACCGAAUCCCAGGCGGAAGGAUGAUAAGGAUAAAACGGACAAGGCAGAAAAUGUUCUCAACGUUGUGAUUGGCUCCAACGGCAUCGCCCUCAAGAACGCAGGACUCCGUGCCCGAGAGCUAGGUUUCCGCCCUGUUGUCCUGUCGCUGGGAGUGUGCGGUGAUGUGAAGUCAGUCUCCAGACUCUACGGCCUCCUGGCCCGCUUUGCGAUUUCUGCAGAGGAACCUCCUCCCGAGAUUGUCGCUGAGCUGCUGAAGCUGGGUCCCGAAGUAGGUGUGGAGAGCUGGGACCUGUGCCGUACCAUGCAGGUCUUGGGUGAAGGGCGCACGGAGGGAUGGGGUGCCACAUGUCUCCUAGCUGGAGGUGAGCCCACUGUAGAGUUGACAGGAAAGGGUCGAGGUGGUCGAAACCAGGAGUUGGCUAUGCGAGUUGGCCUGGAGAUGAGAGGCCUGCAGCUGCCGCCUAAUGGUCCCGUCUUCCUGAGUGGUGGAACCGAUGGCCAAGAUGGACCCACUGAGGCAGCAGGGGCCCUUACUGAUGGGGGGUUGUAUGAAGAAGCACAAGCACAGGGGCUGGACAUCAACAACUUCCUUACCAACAACGAUUCUUAUACGUUUUUUUCACGUCUUUCUGUCGGGCAACGUUUACUUGUACCUGGCCUAACUUGCACCAAUGUGAUGGAUGUGCACAUGCUGUUUAUUCCACCAAUUCCCAUUAACAAAGACUAACUCCGAGGGUGGAUCUGAGUAAAACAAUAAUUUAUGUCCCUGUUCAUGUUUUAGUUUCAUUACCUCCACCAAGGAGGUUAUGUUUAUUAACCCGUCUGUCUGUUUAUUUGUUGGUUUGUCAGCAGGAUUACACAAAAACUACUAUUGUGGAAUUUGCACAAACCUUGGUGUAAGGAUAAAAUAUGAGCCAAGAUCCAGCAACUUUUAGAAAACACGGGGAAGCAGAAAUGUUCAAAUCCUGCAAGACUGGACUGAGUUCUGGACAUCAUGGACUGUGCCAUUUAAGAACAUUGUUUUGCUAAGGCAAUCAUAGUUGUUUUAGCUUUGGCUAUAGGUCUGACUGACAUAAAAAUCCAUCCGUCCAUCCAUUAUCUGUAUCUAGAUUUCCCUUUUGAAGGUCGCAGGGGGAGCAGAACGGAGUACGCCCCCUGGACAGGUCGCCAGUUCUGACUUAAAAAUAAAUCUCCGAAGUCAGUUUUCUUGCAGACUAUAGCAGUUUAUCCAUCCUUUCUAUGUUUACUUUCUAACCACACAACCCACAAGUCUGCUGUGGAGAUGCAUCCCUGCAACACACCACCAUUUUGAGCCAGUGUGGAAAUAAGAAAAAGUGUGAAGCAUCUGGACAAAGCUGCUGUAGGUACUGUCUCCCUUCUCGAUAUCCACAGUGACAGAAACAGUGUGAACCACUGCAAAAAUAAACCAGUGACCUUGGAAA